UUGCUUUUGCCCCUCCUAACUAAAAACCAAACUACAUUUACAAAUUUCGCGCGAUUUCCAUGACACUCCUCAACUUCACGCCUCUGUCUCUUGUAGAUUUGGUCAUUCAGUUCUGUCGGCCAUGGAUUUCUUUUUCUUCCAAAUCCCCCAAAAUUUUUUGUUUCUUUUUUCUUUCGGUUUUAGAUUCUGAUUCCCAUGAACGAACCUUUUGCAAGAGCUGCUUUCGUCUAGUCCAAUGAAUCUUUUUCUUGUUCUUUGUUUUCCUAGUACUUAAAAUUCUUUGCUACCAUGUUUGCCUAACUGCCAUCUGCUUAUACUCCACGCAAAUGCUAAACAUGUUCAGACCGAAUAAGGUUUCUAGUUGUGUUUUGCUGAUCCUCCUACGAUCUUUAAGGCCUUUUUGUUUCUAGGUUUCUGUUUAAAGUGAAUUGGCUUUUGCGUUUAAGAUGGUGGCCUUCGGGAAGAAGUUGAAAGAAUCACAAAUUCAAGAAUGGCAAGGGUAUUAUAUUAACUAUAAAUUCUUGAAGAAGAAAGUCAACCGAUACGCUCAACAACUGGAGGUUGGAGCCCAAGAUCACCGCUAUGUUCUCAAGGACUUCUCAAGAAUGCUAGACAGCCAGAUUGAAAAGAUUGUAUUGUUUCUGCUGGAACAACAAGGACAACUAGCGAGCAGAUUAUCUGAUCUUAGAGAACAGCAUGACGAAAUUUUGCAGCAGACAGAUGGAGCAAAAAUAUCAGAGUUACAAGAAGCAUACAGAGGAGUAGGACAUGAUCUUUUAAGGCUUCUCUUUUUUGUUGAGAUGAAUGCUACUGGCUUGCGAAAGAUUUUGAAGAAGUUUGAUAAGCGCUUUGGCUACAGAUUCACCAAUUACUAUGUCAAAACCCGUGCAAAUCAUCCUUAUUCUCAGCUGCGACAAGUGUUUAAACAUGUGGGUUUUGGGGCUGUUGUUGGAGCCAUAUCUCGCAAUCUCGCAGACCUGCAAGACCAUCAAGGGAACUACGUAUCAAUAUAUGAUCAGCCUGCUUUAUCCCAUCCGGAUCCUGUGGUUUAUUCCAUAAAAGCAGCGGUAAACAGAUUAUCCAAUUCAACAAACUUUCUCGAGUUUUUGGGGAAGCAUGCAUUUAUUAUGCAAGAUGAUUUACCAACUCCAUCUGAAGAAGAUGUUGUGGAGGAGAGAUAUCAUUUCAUGUCACUUCUCUUGAAUUUGGUAAGCACGUUUCUAUAUAUGGUCAACACAUAUAUCAUUGUCCCAACCGCAGAUGACUACUCCCUUAGCCUUGGAGCUGCAGCAACUGUUUGUGGUGUUGUCAUAGGGUCAAUGGCUGUUGCACAAGUGUUCUCUUCAGUUUAUUUUAGUGCAUGGUCGAACAGAUCAUACUUGAGGCCACUUAUUUUUAGCAGUGUUGUGCUUCUCAUUGGAAACACCUUGUAUGCUUUGGCUUAUGAUCUUAAUUCAAUAGCAGUUCUUCUGGUUGGUCGACUAUUUUGUGGGUUAGGUUCUGCAAGAGCUGUAAACAGGCGUUAUAUCAGUGAUUGUGUGCCACAUAAACUGCGGAUGUGGGCAUCUGCAGGUUUUGUUACUGCAAGUGCUCUUGGAAUGGCAUGUGGUCCAGCUCUCGCCUGCUUGUUUCAAACUAAUUUUAAGAUUUACAAACUCACAUUUAAUGAGGACACUUUACCUGGUUGGGUUAUGGCUCUUUCCUGGCUUUUCUAUUUACUGUGGCUGUGGAUUUGCUUUCAAGAGCCUCCUCAGGAGAUCAAGGAGAAUAUGUUGCCACAGGAAGUUCAUUCUGGAUCAUCGGUGAAUUAUGCUGUAGAGAAUGGUUACACGCAGCCACUGCUUUUGAACAUGGAAGCCAAGCAACAAGGUCAAAAUGAAGACGCAGAAUGUGAUGAUGGCGAGGAAGAUUCUUGUGAGAAAACUCACAAACCUGUCACUUCAAUUGUCUCAGCAUACCGGUUACUCACACCAUCUGUAAAGGUUCAAUUAUUUGUUUAUUUUAUGCUUAAAUAUGCAAUGGAGAUAUUGCUUGCUGAAGCAAGUGUCAUCACUGCAUAUUACUUUAUAUGGUCAACCAGCAGUGUGGCGAUCUUUCUUGCAUGUCUUGGGCUAACAGUACUUCCAGUAAACAUUGUUGUUGGAACCUACAUCAGCAACAUGUUUGAAGAAAGGCAAGUUCUGCUCGCAUCUGAAAUCAUGGUUUUGAUUGGUAUACUCCUAAGCUUCCAUAUCGGCAUCCCUUACUCUGUGCCUCAGUAUGUCGGCUCUGCACUAAUCACUUUUGUAUCUGCUGAAGUCCUUGAAGGUGUGAACUUGUCGCUCCUCUCCCGGGUCAUGUCAUCAAGGCUUUCUCGUGGAACUUACAAUGGAGGGCUGCUUUCAACAGAAGCCGGAACCCUUGCCCGAGUAAUUGCAGAUGGUACAAUAACACUAUCUGGCUACCUGGGCGUGAGUAGGCUCUUGAAUACUACCUUGGUUCCUUCACUAUUCAUCUGUAUCUCCUCCAUUAUUGCCACCUGCUUCACCUACAACGCUCUUUACUAACACCCUCUCGUAAGCAAAAAUUUUGUGGAGUAGCAGUUCCAUGGAUAAACUCAUGCUCUAAUCAAUUGCCAAGUAUAAGUAGAUACAAUUUCUCGAACUUCUAAUCAUUGCUGAACGCAAAACAUUCAAAGCAAUCAGUGGCCGUUAUGAUUGAUUCCCAUUUUUCCAGCCUAUAUGCAACACCCGAACCAGUUGAUCACCUGAUAAAGCACAAACAAUAUGAAAAACUGUCCUAGCCUAAUAUUUACACAAGAUUUAGAUCUUAUAGAUAUUGAGCUGCUUAUGUCUUAUAGAAACUAAGACAAUGCCUAACACGAGCAGCAUAAACUACUCUUCUACGUCCCUAAGUAAGGUUUUGUUCGAUGAAUAAGCUUUGAGUAAACAAUUUGAGGUUUCCUCCUCCAACAAAAUGCAAAAGGCAAAAUAAAAGAGGACUCAGUACUGAACUAAACCUGGACAGGGAAUAGGAGGAAUAGCAGUGUUACUCAAGAGGAUUGUUCCAAAGGAUUGUUGAUAAAUAUUGGAAUACCAAAAUAAUUGUAUAUUUAUUUGAAAAAGCCUAAUAUAACAUAUAAUUUAAUUCAAUAAUUUGAAUAUUGGAACAC